GGGUUGACAUGCCUUUACAAAAAUAACCAUGUUCUGGGAGUAUUUCGACUGAAAGGUCAUGCGUACAGGCCCGGUAUUGAAUGUGACUGCCCAUCUUCAUGUGUUGAACCAGAGUACAACAUUGUUUAUAAAGGUUGUCACCGAGAACAGAGAAAUAAAACCGCCUUUAUUGGAGCUGUGAGGAUACAAAUGGCCUCAUUGCCAACGAUGAGAUUUAAAAGAAUUUUAAUUAGAAGUAAAUUAGAUUUGGUAG